UAAUAUCAGUCUGUCUCUAAUAUUUAAUAGAAUUGGUUGCGUCAUAGCUUUACUUAUUGAUCGUACCUGUUAUUAAAAAAAGUAUUGUUUUAUAAUCACGCGUAUUAGAGACGGAUUUAUAGUGAAAAAAAAAAUGGAUUCAAUACCGAAUAAUGAAAUUUUGUCUUUCCAUCGAGAUACUCUUGUCGGUAUACGUAAGGAAUAUGGUCUGGAUAAACCGGGAAAAAUGGAUGAAUCUAUUGAUGCAUUAGUUGAGUGGCUUAAGAAACAAGAUCAUUUCGUAAAGAAAGAUUUUGAUAGAGACUAUCUAGAAAGAUUGAUAAUUUUCGGUAAAGGUUCUGUGGAGCGUACAAAAAUAAAUUUGGACAGAUCUUGCACGUUGAGGUCUUUAUUACCAACGUUAUACAAGAGUGUUGACUUUAAGCUUGAUUAUAAAGAUUCUAAUAUUCUAAUCGAUGGUGUUAUGCCGAAACUUACUGAGGACCAUUACAGAACUUAUGUAUUGAGGAACGUCGGCAAACGAUUUGAAAAUGGCUUCACAAACUACUUUAGAUUUGGAAUAGCUUUGGCUGAAUAUAUACAGCGAUACGAUUAUUGCAAAGGAUUUAUUAUAGUUGUUGACUAUAGAGAAACUAAUAUUUUAGAACUCAUAAAGAGCCUGGACAUGGUCGAGAUAAAUCAAGCAUUUAAUAUUUUAACAAAAGGUUUCGGUAUGAGAAUAAAAGGUAUUCACAUACUUUCUCAUUCAAAAUCUGUUGAAACGGUAGUUACAAUGCUAAAACAGAUUUUAAGCAAGAAGAUUGGAGAACGCAUUCAAGUACAUAAUAAUGUAGAAUCGUUGCAUAAGUUUGUGCAGAAAGACAUUUUACCCUCCGAACUUGGGGGAAAUGAAAGAUCCUUGGUUGAAAUUCACGAAAAAUGGAUAAACGUUUUGAGUUCCAAAGAGUUUCAAGAGUACUACCAGAUAAUCAAACAAGCAGUUACAAAUGAAAAUUACAGACCAACUGACAAAUUUAAUGAAGAGUACAUGGGAACCGCUGGAACAUUUAGAACUUUAAGUUUAGAUUAAAACUAUUUUUAAGUGAAUAAUAAAAUACAAAAUAAGUGUAGAUACUCAUUCAUAAAUUA